CCCAUGGUGGAUGAGGGUUCCCCAGCCGGGUGUGCUGCCAGCAGAGCUGGAGCAGUGUGGCGGGCUCGCCACCCUCUUGCUGGGCGGUAUCCUGGAGCGUAGCCGCUCCUCUCCCUUCCUGCCUGCCUGCUUGCCGUUUGCCUGGGAAAGGAAGGAGAGGCAGGACCAGGCCCUGCAGUCCCCCCCCAGCCCCCACCUAAUCCACAUCCACUCCCUGGCUGCAUCCCGACCGGGCUCCAGCUCCAGCGGCACCCAGGGGCUGGGGCGGUACAGGGCACUGCCCACAGGGAAAGGGGUGCCACGGGCCUGUGCUGGGGCUCAGCGUCAUCCAUGGAGGAACGUGCCCGUCCUCCGGCCCCAUUCCUGGCAUGUGGCCAAGCUUGCCGAAAGCCGCCCCGACGCCCCUGCCAUGCACUGCCCCGCUGAUGCCUUCAGCCUUUCCUGGCCCUCGGGGUGUGAUGUCAGUGAGCUGUCCCUGCAGUGGAACCCGCUGUCCCGGCACUGCAGCACUGACCGGAGCAGCUCCAUCGGGAGCAUGGAGAGCCUGGACCAGCCCGGCCAGGCCUACUAUGAAGGGGACCCCUCACCCGUUGACCAGGGCAUGUACCACAGCAAGCGGGACUCGGCCUACAGCUCCUUCUCUGCCAGCUCCAUCGCCUCCGACUGCGCCCUCUCCCUCCGCCCUGAGGAAGCCGCCUCUGUCGACCCUGGCCUCCAAGGCCCCUGCAAGCCCUCUGACGGGCGCUACCUGACCACGGGGGCUGAGCCACCUGCCAGCCGGCACCCCGAGGCCUGGCGGGCGCCCAUGCCCCCCCAGCCCCCUGUCAGGAGGGACAGCCUGCGGGCAGCCCCAGCCAGCAGAGGGGACAGGCACCGGGCAUCGGUGUCAGCAGACAUGCUGCACGCCAAGGGCCGGUGGAUCUCUGACACCUUCCUCUGCCAGCGGGAUGGGGAGGUGGAGGCUGCAGGUGGGAGGACACUGGCGCCAUCCUCCGCGAAGGACCGUCUCUCUGCUGACCAGUAUUACAUGCUGAGCUCCCACCCAGACCGGUGCCCAGCUGAGCCGCUCCUGGGGGAGAACGUGGACCCUGGCAGCCGGCUGUACCCAGAUGGCAGCCUGCACCGAGCACCGGAUGCUGUGGCAGCAGGUGACAGCCCAUUGCUGUCCCCCCUCAAGGGCCACGCACUGCACCGGCACAGUGCUCCCGAGCAGCUGCUGGCCUCCCAGCUCCGUUCCCUCCAGGUGGGCGCUGGCAGUGGGCGAGCCUCACCAGCCCCCGAUGGGCACCGCUGGACCCUAUCCCCACUGCACCCCGAGGACAGCCGGCCAGGGGCCGCAGCGGCCGCCCAGGACCCCCCGCUCUGCCCAGAGACAUGCUGCCGCCUGCCGCCGUGCCGCUGCUGCCCUGAGCUGCAGCGAGCCUGCGGGCAGGAUGGGCAGGGAGCCAGCCCAGCGCGCGGCACCGAGGGGCCAGCGGAGGAGGAGAGCCGAGCGGGGGGGCGGCGGGCUGGGGGUCCUCCACACCGCUCCGCUCAGAUGCGCCGCCGCAGCGACCGCUUCGCCACCAGUUUGCGCAAUGAGAUCCAGCGGCGCAAGGCCCAGCUGCAGAAGAGCCGGGGUCCAGGUGCCCCACCACCUGGUGAAGAGCCGGUGGAGGAGGCGGAGGAGCCCCCCGAGGGCAGUGUGCCGGCGGAGGGACCUCACGCCCCAGCCAAGUGUCUCAGCCCCGCUCAGAGUGAGGACGGCAGGAACCCUGGCCACUCGGGGGACCAGGACAUCCCCACCCCUGACCUGCUGCCGGUCCCCAAAGGGCCCCUGUCCCCUGAGCGGGCGGUGCCAAUGGGCCGGGGACACUGGCGCUGGUCCCCGGAGCGCAAGCUGCAGCCAAAGAGCUCAGCCAGCCCUGGCAAGCAGGAGGGCUACAGCCACGGGCCGGCGGCCCCCAGCUCCCCGCCACGGGGCAGCGAUGAGGCCGUCCUAUUGCCCUUCGCCGAUCGCCGUCGGUUCUUCGAGGAGAGCAGCCGGCCGGCGCCACUCCGACACAGCAAGCCCCUGACGGGUGAUCCCGGUGCCUUCCAGCCCCCUGGCUCCGAGUGCCGGGACACCCGCCGCCUCUCCAUGGACCAGCCCUACAGCCCCCCCUCACCAAGCCGCCCUGGCUCUGCUGGCCCCUAUGCAGAGUGCUGCCGGGAGCAGCCCCCCUGCUACAAGCCUCUGGGGAGGCCAGGGGAGCUGGAGUACCUGCGGGGCUUCUCCUACCCCUACGGCGUUCCCCUGCGCCCUGAGUCCUGCCGUUGUUGUGGGGGGGACCUGUGCCCCCCACCGCUGCCCCGUGGCCAUGCCUGCCACUGCCACCCCCAGCCCUGGGCACGCUGCCCCGACUGCUACUGCCCAGCCCCCCGCCCUGGACGGGAGGAGAGUGAUGCCUGGCCCCCCCGGAGAACUUUCACCCCGGAAUUUCCUCCGGAUGAGUGGGAACCGCCGGCGAUAACUAGGAAAGCCAGCCAGUCCAUCAGCGAGCUCUCCCACUACCAGCUGGGCUUCCCAAGGCUCAGCCCUUUCCACCCCUGCUUUGAGAGUGCCGAGCCAGAGUGGCCGUCCUGCUACCGGGCUACGUCCACGCACAACCUCUCAUGGGAUGGUGACCGCCUUGCCCACCCCCCUGAGAGCCCCCCGGAUCCCCUGCAUCGCCCGCUGCGGGGCAGAGCCUUCUCUGAGAGCCAACUCAACCUGGAGCCUGCCAGCCCCCGGGGCCACGACCGGAGGGACCUUCUCCGUGCCAAGCUGGACCCCCCCGGCAUCCCCCAAAAGAAGGGCCCCCCACCUCCCCGCCCACCUCCCCCCAACUGGGAGAAGUACAGGCAACGCCGGACAUCCCAGCGCCUGCCGGAUGGUUCCGGGCAUGGCUCUGCCUUCACUGCUGCUCUGGUGCCAACCCGCAGCAUUGCUGAGGCUGUGCGCGAGCGGUCGCAGAGCCUCACUGGGGAGCAGGGGGGCCGGUCCCGGGGGCAUGCCGCUCGCCCACCUGCCCCGCCAGGUGCCUGGCCCCGACCUGAGCCUCCCAGAUUGCUCCGCGGGACGCCUGAGCCCGAUGCUGGCAGUGCUGAGAUUUGCAGGGCGACGGGUGCCGGGGAGGAGUGGCUGAAGGUGAAGCACCCCUGGGAGAUGGAGGAGCAGGCCCAAAGGCUCUGCCGGAACCAAGAGCGGGGCUGGGCCAGCCCCCGCAGGGUGGGUGAGUGCUCUCUGCCCCUGCAUGGUGGCCCCCGCCCUGCCACCCCAGAGGCACCCAAGCCCAACCCUGGAGCAGCGGAGGGGGCGAGCUGCCAGGGGCGCCGGCCCCAGCCCCGCCGCAUGGACUCAGAUGAGCUGCUGUGGGAUGUGGUGGGCAGGGACCACUCCCUGGCCAGCAUCCUGGCCCCCACGGCCCCACUGUGCACCACCACCAAGGUGAUGGGCGAGCUACUGGUGGCAGGGGAACAGCAGGCCUGGCGGGAGUGUUUCCAGCAGGACUGGCACGUGGAUGCCCUGGCGCAGGACAGGCAGGGCUUCGAGCCCAUCUCACCGCCCCCCGGGAGCACUGCCAGCUCCACCUCCUACCCAGCAUAUUACAGUGCGGUAGUGGGCAAAGCUGAGCUGCUUGGCAAGGUGAAGGAGCUGCCGGAGGUGGUGGAGGGGAGCUCGGAGGAUGAGGAGGAGGAGGUGGACCACGAGCUGGUGGAAAAGAAGGGGGUGGCCCCAGUCAGAUCCCUUCCCUCGCAGCUGCAGCUGAUUGAGAGCCUGAGCCGCAAGCUGGCGGUGCUGCGGGAGGCGCAGCGGGGGCUGCAGGAGGACAUCAGUGCCAACGGGGCACUGGGCGAGGACGUGGCUGCCCGCCUGCAAGCCCUCUGCACCCCGGGAGAGUUCGACAAGUACCGCCUCUUCGUGGGCGACCUGGACAAGGUGGUCAACCUCUUGCUCUCGCUCUCGGGGCGCCUGGCCAGGGUGGAGACCGCCUUGGGCAGCCUGGGGCCGCACGCUCCUGCUGAGGACAAGGUGGCCCUGCGGGAGAAGCAGCGGCUGCUGGUGGCGCAGCUGGAGGACGCCAAGGAACUGAAGGAGCAUGUGGGGCGGCGGGAGGAGGCGGUGGGUGCCAUGGUGGCACGGUACCUGCCUGCCGAGCACCUCCAGGACUACCAGCACUUCGUCAAGAUGAAGUCGGCCCUCAUUGCCGAGCAGCGGGAGCUAGAGGAGAAGAUCAAGCUGGGCCAGGAGCAGAUCCGGUGCCUGCGUGAGAGCCUUGGCCAAGCCCCCAAGGGCUGCUAGCCCCCUGCCCAGCCUCCCCCAAGGACCCUGGUCAUGGCCCCAGCUUGCUGCCAAAGUGGAUCUGGCCCCUUGGGGACUCGGUGCGUCUCUCUGUCUGUCCAGCCCCUGCCUUUUAUUUAUUUUUCUGGUUUACCGAGCAGGGGAGGGGGUGCCAGUCCAGGCCCUGGCAGGGGGGUUCAUGCCACAGAGCUGCACUGGGCUCUGUGGCCACCCAGCACCCUGUGGCCCAGCAGGAAUAGAUGAAUGGAUCCCACCCUCGGGUCCCUCCACCUUGUCCUGGAUACCAGUGCCUGUCCUGCAGCUGGUGCUGCACAGCGUGCCUUGAAUACCCCCUUGGCUGCCCUGGGGCAUUCCCACACAGCACCUGGAAGGGUUAAACCAUCCUUGCCCCGUCAAGUCUGUUUGUCCAGCUCUGUCCAUCUGUCCGGUGGGAGCUGGAGGAAUUUCGGCCUCCGGCAUCCUCUUCCUCUCCAUUGUGUCUGAAACAAUAGCCCUGGCCAACAGGUCCUUAACCCGCUCCCUGCCAGCCCAAGGCGCCAUGAGGGGCCGAGGUGGUUGCUGGUGGGUGCUAUGCACUCCUCUCCUGGGGGACACUGCAGUGGGUGCCCCUGGGAUGGUGCUCUGCCAGGGGAUGGGGUGCUGGGAGCAGUAGACUGGGGGCUGUGGCUAGCUCCUGCCACCAGUGGUGUGGACACAGGGACCACCCAGCCUCGUCCAGCCCUCGCCUCCAGCCUCUGCCUCUGCACUGGGAGGGACUAAUGGAGGAAAAUCUAUGCUAAGGAUGAAGUGGGGUUCCUGUCCCCCUCCUCUGUGCUGCAGCAUCCCCAAAUAGCACUUAGACUUCAUCCUCCGUCACACCUCCAGCCCUGCCACUGUCCGUCUGUCCCCACAGGAUGGGCAGGUGCCUUGAUGCUGAUUUUGCACAGGGGUUUCAUGCAACUGGCAGCAACUCGAGGUGUGUGUGGAGGAGGUGUUUUGGGGAAGCAGGGUGGGCCCCAGACCCUCUGGGGGUGGCCACAGCUGUGCAGCCCAGCCCCAGGGUGCAGGCAGUGCUCAUACCAUGCCGCACAUGUCCCCCCUCCUCAGCCACCCCGGUGCCUGUCCAGGGACACUGCUAGGACCAAAGAAUGCACCCUUGGGAGGUAGGGGGCAUCCUGCUCACAGGGGGGAGUGAGCCCUCAGCCGGUGACCUUCGAGCUGUCAGCAGGUCACCACACCCAUGGAGCAUGCUGGUGUCUGUGCCUUGCGUGCCACUGUGCCUUUCUCACACUAAAGGAGCAGCAGCAGCUGCACAACUGCC